UGGCAAGGGUGCUGUUUACAUAUUAGGUAUUAUGAUUCUGUCAAACAGUGUUUCACUUCCAUGUAAUUACUAAUUACAUGUUAUUCAUUCUCAAAAAAUUCAUUUUUCWUGGUAUAUAAUACCUUGUGAUGGGAAGAGCGAGUUUGUUUGACAUAUAUUAUUAAAUGUCUGCUAAAUGUUAAAUAUGACUAUAGAUUUUAAACUUUAAUUAUUUGGUAGAAAACGUUGGGUUUUAAUGCCACCUGAAAUGGGAAAAUAUCUGAAGCCAUCUAGAAUCCCUUAUGAAGAGUCGAGCUGUUAUAGCAAAAUUAACUUUUCAUGUCCAGACAAUAUUAAAGAUAUUGAUGUUGCUUGUAGAUGUGUGACAGUAGUUUUAUCUCCAGGCGAUGUACUAAUUGUCCCACAUAAAUGGUGGCAUUAUGUUGAAAACUURACCACUGCUAUUAGUAUUAAUACUUGGAUACAGACUCCUAAAUAUGACAACAUGGCUCGGUUAAAUGAAUCUGUGGUUCGUUUUAUGGCUAGCAGURUAUGUUCUGGCGUGUCUGAGAAUAUUCAAUCAAGAUUACUAAAUCCAAAUGAAAUAUUUUCACCAUCCAUGAUAGCUGAGUCAAUUAAUUUUAUCGACCAAAGCAUUAAAAUGAUACAAAAUGAAGUAAAUAUAACAGAUUCAAAAGAACCAGAUUCAACUUCGUUUAUAAAAUAUCAAUAUAAAACCUAUGAUCCAGAACAAUAUUUAUCUAAAGUAGAGCUUGACACAAAAUAUCACAGACAUAACCAUACUUCAGGUUCUUCGAAAUCAGAUUUAAAUACCGAUAUAAAUCAUAGACUGUUAGAUUCAUUAUGUAAUGAAAAUGUUAUAAAUCAAAUAGUUAGUAAUUUAAUCAAAAUAGAUUAA